AUGAGGUCGCCGAAGCUCCUCCUCUUCGCCGCGGCGGCGCUGCUAACAUGCGCCGCACACGUCAUGUCCGUUACACUGUGCCCGGCGUGCGGCAACACAACGGUGCCGUUCCCGCUGAGCACAGCCGCCACGUGCGGCGACCCGUUGUACAAAGUCCGGUGCUCAUCCUCCGGCACACUCAUGUUCGACACGCUGAACAACUCAUACACGAUCGAAUCCAUUAACCCGAAAACCCAACGGUUGGUGAUCCGACCCGCUUCGUUGAUACCCGACACGUGCGUGUCCACCGAUAAGGUCGACGGGGGGAUACAGCUGAACAAUACCCUCCCCUUCAACAUCACAAGCUCCAACACCAUAGUAUACCUCAACUGCACCCUCACGCUUCUCAUGUCCCCACUAAACUGUUCCGCCGCCAGCAUCUGCAACAACUACAUCAACGCCACCGCCUCCGCCGCCGCAUGCCAGGCCGGUCCCCUCUGCUGCACCUACCGAACCGGCGGGUCCAGCAACUCCUACAUGAUUCGUGUUAGAGACUCCGGUUGCAGCGCUUACUCCAGCUUCGUUAACCUGAACCCGGGUCUCCCCGUGAACCGGUGGCCUGAACCGGGUUUGGAGAUUCAGUGGCUGUCCCCGAGGGAAACCGUUUGUGGGUCCCAGGCGGAUUGUGAUUCUGCCACGUCGACUUGUGGGCCCGACCGAUCCUCUGCGAAUGGGAUCAAGAGAUGUUUCUGUAUCAACGGGCUUGUGUGGGACCCUAUUCAAGGGCUGUGCACCAAAAAAAUUAUUUGCCAGAACCCUGAUGGUUGUGACGACUCAACCAAUAGAACAGCAUUAAUAGCAGGUUUAACAUGCGGCAUUGCAGCUGCACUCAUCCUUGCUACCAUUGCAGUUCUGCUCUACAAACGCCACAGACGCAUCAAAGAAGCACAAGAACGCCUAGCCAGAGAGCGUGAAGGGAUUCUCAAUGCCAGUGGUGGUGGCAAAGCUGCUAAACUUUUUAGUGGCAAAGAGAUAAAGAAAGCCACAAAUGACUUCUCCGGUGACCGUCUCCUCGGUGUUGGUGGCUAUGGUGAAGUCUACAAAGGCAUUCUUCAAGAUGGCACUGUUGUGGCUGUCAAGUGUGCUAAGCUUGGAAACGCCAAAGGCACUGAUCAAGUCCUCAAUGAGGUUCGCAUUUUAUGCCAAGUUAACCACCGCAACCUUGUUGGUCUACUUGGUUGCUGUGUGGAAUUGGAGCAGCCUAUUUUAGUUUAUGAGUUCAUAGAAAAUGGAACUCUUCUUGAUCAUUUGCAAGGUCAAAUGCCUAAGGAGCGUGGCUCAGUUACCUGGAAUCAUCGCCUUCAAAUUGCUUGUGACACAGCUGAAGGUCUUGCUUACCUUCACUUCAUGGCUGUGCCUCCUAUAUAUCAUAGAGAUGUCAAAUCCAGCAACAUUCUGCUGGAUAUUAAGCUUAAUGCCAAGGUUUCGGAUUUUGGGUUAUCUAGGUUGGCUCAAACUGAUAUGAGUCAUAUCUCUACUUGUGCUCAGGGCACACUUGGGUACCUUGAUCCUGAAUAUUACAGGAACUACCAAUUGACUGAUAAGAGUGAUGUUUACAGUUUUGGGGUGGUGCUACUUGAGCUUUUGACAGCACAGAAGGCAAUAGAUUUUAAUAGGGCACCAGAUGAUGUGAAUUUGGCAGUUUAUGUGCAGAGGAUGGUGGAAGAAGAAAAGUUGAUAGAAGUCAUUGAUCCAAUGUUGAAGAAUGGAGCUACCACUAUAGAGCUAGACACAAUGAAGGCAUUGGCAUUUCUGGCUUUGGGCUGCUUGGAGGAAAAGAGACAGAAUCGACCUUCAAUGAAAGAGGUAUCUGCGGAGAUUGAGUAUAUCAUUACUAUUGCCUCGGCAAAGGAGGUGGAGAAGUAG